AUGGAAAAAGUCAAGUUCAGUAGGUGGAAACUUGAUACAUUCGAUUGCGGUAAUGCCAAUGAAUUGCAAACUCACGCAGUUAUUUCUCUAUUGAUCUACUCAAAAGCUUUCCAUUUCGAAUUGUUAACAACAAUUUAUUCAUUCAAUUGCUUGUUACAUGAAAUUUUAACUGUAAUUAAUGUUGAAAGUGCCGAUGUCACGUUGCAACAUGAAAAAUUCUCAUCAAGAUAA